UUUAAGACCAAGUUGGCUUUAACUAUGAAUCGGUGAUUUGGUAUUUGAUACAAUUUUCCCAAGCAAGUGUCAAGUUAUUGAUUGAUGACUUUAAUUUUCCAUUCACAUACAUAGGGAGGACACAUACUCUGUGCAAAUGUAUUUUCCCUCUUUCCUAAUUACUUGUCCUUGAAAUUUUACAUCGUUAAAACAAGUUUAAUAAUAAAUUCCUUGACUUUGAAUAUUUGUAUACCAACAAUAUCAAAAUUUCCUUUAAUCAGAAGGUGAAUAUUAAAUUACAAUUAAAAUUAUAUGUUGGUUUUUGACAGUUAAGAAAUAUUUUGGGAAGACAACAAAUGAAAGUUGUACUAAUGUUUAUGGUGGAGGGUUAGGGGAUUUCCAUACAUAAUUCCAAUUAUUUGUUUAGAUACAUCAGUUGGUUUGUGGGUUUGAAUGUAAGGGAUGUUUAUGACCUUUGCAGAAAUAAGGAAAGCAUGAUAAUUACCUAAGUUUCUGACAUGAUUUUAAGCAUGUUGAUUGAAAUUGAGGCAUAAGUAAUGCAACUUGGUUUGUCAAUUUAUUAGAGUUCCUCUGUUUGAUCUAUUAAAUGUUGUUAAUUAAAAUAACUGAAAGAUCUGAAUUACCUAUGGUUGGGACAUCUAGGGAGAUUUGUUUAUAUUUAAAGGGCAAGACUUUUCUGCUCCAUAAGUGGCAAGUAAGGAUGUAUGUUGAAGCCUUUAAUUGAAAAUGUAAACUUUUAGAGAACCAUGUUUAUUUAAACACUUCCAAGUUUGGUCCUCACAAAAGAACUUUGUAACCUUACUACCCAAUGCAGCCAUGCAUUAUAGAGUGGGAAGGCUCAUAUGAUUUCUAAGCUCAAAAUCUUUUAUGUAUGGAGCCGAGUUGUCAUAUACUUGGGAAAGAGAAAAGGGAAAAGAAGAAAAGGGAAGAUCCUUUUUUUCUACAAAACUUUAUCACAAAUAGCUAACUUGGAAAUGGAAGAUGUUCUUACGAUGAGUAGUGGGAAGUGUGGCAUUGAUAACCAUGAAUUCAUGGAUAGUAAGCAGAGUGAAGCUAGGGAAACCCUGAUGACCAAUUUGGUUUUUGCUAAAGAAAAGCUCGAUGAAAUUACACAAAAGACAUUAAAACUUGUUCAAGAGAACAAAAAGAUAAACAAUUCCGUUGAGCAAGUGAGGUGCAGGGCAAAAACAUCCCAGGGAAUUUCGUGUGUGCUGAAAUGUGAUUGUGGAGAGGAAUACAAGGUGGAAGUGAAUCUUUAGUCUUACAAAUUUAAAAUAGACAUGAAACUUAGAUGACUCAAAGGGCUGAAGAAACAAAUUGGUAGUUGACAGGUAAAUCUACGUUAAAUGAAACUAGGAAAUGAUCAUUGGAACUUACAAAGUGAAGGGAUUAUAUGAUAAAUGACUUUAGCUGUUAGCUCGGAUCAAGUUAAACUGUUGUGGUGUAUUUGCAGAAACAUUAGUGCUUCAUCUGUUGUAAAUAUUGAAGGAAUACUUAAUGAUGAUGCUUUCAUAUAAUAAA